AUGGAUGUCAUGGAGCUGGUAGAAAAUGAGCAGAACGCAAGACCGUUCCAGUGUGAUUGGCAAACGUGUUCCAAAAGCUUCAAUAGAAAGUCCGAUCUCCAGAGACAUUACAGGAUACAUACCAACGAGAGGCCAUACUCGUGUAUGACCCAAGGAUGCGGGAAGAGCUUCAUUCAGAGAAGCGCCUUGACGGUUCAUGUCCGGACGCACACGGGUGAGAAGCCGCAUCAAUGUCAACACAUUGGCUGUGGGAAGCGGUUCUCGGAUUCGUCCAGUCUGGCUCGCCAUCGACGAAUUCAUACGGGCAAGCGUCCCUACAAGUGCGCUCAUGAAGGCUGCCUAAAGAGCUUCUGCCGGAAGACGACCAUGGUAAAGCACCAGCGCCGGUCCCACCAACGGGGGAUCCACUCUUCCGAGCUUGACGACGGAGACACUUCCGAUUCCGACUCCGGAGAGUCCCCUUCCACGCCGCAACAUCCAGGUUCUAUGCAUUGGCAUCAAAGUCUUCACGUGCCAGCACCUCUCCUCCACGGACAACAGAUGCAUCGAGCACACUCAUUUACCAAUUUUGGAAACCACCCACAUCAAGUUGAUGCGUAUUCGAUGCCUCAGCAGUUCCUGGCAGAUCGCCACAAUAUGUCGGGUUUGGCACCCCCCCAACAACAAUAUCACGGCCACCUUCCGGAACAAGCGCCUCAUUCCUCGAUCAUGCCUCGAGCACCGAGUCUCCCGGCCCAUUCAUCAUACUACGUCCCCGAGCAAAACAACCCGGGCGUGGCGACCUUGAACACCAACCCUGUGUCCAUGCAGAAUUACCAGAUCCCGCGCCAGGUGGACCGACAGGAAGGUCUUCAAGCCAGCCCCAGUAGCUACUCCUCGGCGUCGAGAGCGAGCCCGGAGCAGUUCUUCAGCCACCACCCGCCCCCCCAGGGUCCUCCGGGCACUACAUACACCCUCCCGAGCCCUCCCCUUGUUGAGCAGCAACCGAUGAUGCACUAUCAGCAUCAAAUGAAUCCCCAUCAGCACUUGAGUCAGAAUCACGGCCUGCCGCCGCUACCACAAGCGUCAGAGCCGUACCACCAACCUCCUCACACUCCGGCGUCAGAAGAACAAUGGUACCACAAUACGGCUGCGUACCAGCCGCCUAUCGAGGUCGUUGGUCACACUCCGGGGGGGUACCCCCAGGUGUCCCAUAUUAUAGCCUACCAGGACCCUUGGAAGGUUGAGUCGUUCGACGACCCGGCCAUGCAGAUGCCCAGCGCGCGCAUCGAAAAUCUCUAG